UCUCCCCUCUUUCUCUCAGUCUCUCAGGCACACCGUGUCUCAGUGAAGGAGAUUCACCGUAACCAGCUGUGGUUUGUUGUGAUUCUCACCCCCGUCACUCUCUGCUCCCCGUAAGGAAACGUUCAUUUUUCUCCUCAUCAUUUCAUUGAUGUUUUUUUUUCUCUUCCUCUAAAUUCAAUUUCUCCGGUGGCAUUUUAAAGCUGUCAACCAGACCUGUGGAAGGUACUUUCAAGAGGCACCGAGAAACAGAGAGCGUAGGAUAAGUUUUACUCCAGCUCAAAAGACACCUUUCUUUUUUUUUCAGAUCUCGUUCACCUUUUGAUUGACAGACUUUUUACUAUGGUAAACUAAAGACAGUGGUAUUAUAGCACAGGAUUUUUUUUAACCCAAACUCAAGAUACAGGAUUUUUUUAUUUAUCUCAAUUCAAAUGCAAAGAAUCACCAGAUUUCCUGAAGAUUCUGUGUGGACUUUAAUGGCUCUAGACAUACCUGCAGUAUGUGUGAAAUUUGGGGAACCAGAGUGAGCUAGGUGAUGGGUCAACGGGCAAACGGAGCUAGAUGCUACAUUUUUCUGUUCAGGCUGCCAGUCUGUUUGCGGCUUACAAUCAAGCGAUGACCACUGUAUCCAUGAAACCCCUGCUGGUCCUGGUGGAGAGGAUCCCCAACGCCACCGACCCGCCUUUUGACUCUGCCCCUUCCUCUCCCGAAAACACAGCCGCCACCUUCACCAUAGGCUGUAUACUCUCCCUCAUGUGUCUGGUCGGCGUUUCCGGAAACAUCUACACCCUCGUGGUCAUGUGUCACUCCAUGCGUUCCGCAGCGUCCAUGUAUAUUUACAUCAUCAACCUAGCCUUGGCGGAUUUGCUCUAUCUGUUGACCAUCCCGUUCGUUGUCUGCACGUACUUCCUGAAAGGUUGGUAUUUUGGCGAUGCUGGGUGCAGAAUUCUGAUCAGUAUGGAUUUCCUGACGAUGCAUGCCAGCAUUUUUACGCUGACCAUCAUGAGCACGGAGAGGUACUUUGCCGUGCUGAAACCGCUGGACACAGUCAAACGGUCCAAGAGCUACCGCAAAGCCAUUGCGGUGCUUGUAUGGGUGGCUUCCCUGGUUCUUACUUUACCCAUGAUCCUCAGGAUUCAGAUGAUGAUGGUAGGUAGCAAGGCCAUGUGCCAGCCGACCAUCUCUCCGCUGUCCUAUAAGGUGUACAUCACUUUCCUGUUCUGUACCAGCAUCGUGGCUCCGGGGAUGAUCAUCGGCUUUCUAUACAUCGGUCUGGCUCGCACCUACUGGAUCUCUCAGACAGAAACCUUCAAACAAACCAAGAAACUACCAAACCAGAAGGUCCUCUACCUGAUCUUUACCAUCGUCCUGCUGUUCUGGGCCUGUUUCCUGCCCUUCUGGAUCUGGCAGCUCCUGGGUCAGUUCCACCCCUCCAUCGACCUCUCCACCAAGGCCAAGCGCAACAUCAACUAUCUGACCACCUGCCUCACCUACUCCAACAGCUGCAUCAACCCUUUCCUCUACACGCUGCUCACCAAGAACUACAAGGAGUACCUGCGGAAGCGCCAACGUACCUGCACCGCGGGCAGCUACUUCAACCGGAGGAACCGGUUCCAGCGCUCGCCCAGGAGGUCGCUGUCGUCUAGCAGCCAGCAGUGCACGGAGAGUUUCGUGCUCACACACACGCCGUCACAGCGCACCAUGCACAACAACAGCCUGUGAGGUUCAGAGGGGACAGGAGGAAAAGGAGAAAGAGAAAGGAGUGGACAUAGCAGAUCCUACUGCUUAAACUCGUCACCAUGGAACUAGGAAGAGGAAGACGAUGCGGUGAAGGAGGGGGAUAAGGAGGGAAGGAAGAAAGUGCAGUGCACUCAGCAGACCUCACUCGUUCUUUUAUCGGAAGAGGCAAGAUGAAUCUGGAUGCUUCUUGGACUAAUGUAAAGAGAUAACAAUCGUAAUUUACCCUCCAAACCAGCCUCCCCUGAGCGACGGCGGUGACAUCAACACACACAGGAACCAUAGAGCUGGCAGCUCUUGGCCAAGAUUUAAUUCAGAACAAAAAAUGUGUAGGCCAUAUAGAAAUCAUGACACUAAUUGAAAAUCAUUAAACAAAAUAAUACAUUUUAAUCAGCAGCCUAAUCAAGGUGUAGAUUACAUCACACAUUCCAGUGUUUGAACUUGUAAAACAGCUGCACAGGAUUUCUACUCCCUGUGAUAAUUAUAUCGCUGGGAGCCGCUUGUGGAUUUGACAGCUCCAAACCAGUUACACCGCUUAAACAAAAGCAAUGAUAAGUUAUGUGUUUGUGGUUCACCACGGGUUACUGCUGAUCUGAUUUGAAUAUUGUCCCUUGUUUCUUUACUCUUGUUUAUAAAACACACUAAGUUCUCAGUAUCCUGUUUAGGUUGUGUGUGUCACGCACCGACUUCCUUUGGAUGACUGUUUCAGACAGACAUUUUGGGAAGUGUCAGACAUUCUCACUUUCCAUUGAUCCCUUGUGGCGCUCCAUCAGACACCCUGUUCAAUCUGUCACAUAAUUUGAAAACUUUAGGCCACAAGUGUUUAAGUCCAUUUCUAUGUAGUGUUGGGAUUUUCUGCUCUUUUGAGUUCACAUAAUUUUUUUAAAAUUCAGUCAUUCAUAGAACAAAACGAGGACAAUAUUCUAUAUCGAAGUUGAUUCAGUUUCAAUGACAUUCUGUUUUUCUUCUGUGCACGGUUGUACAUGUUUCAUGUUGAGGGAGACAAUGAAAUACAUAUUUUCUGCUUUUGUUCUGUUCAACCAGAAAAGUUUUGUGUGUGUGUGUGUGUGUGUGUGUGUGCGCGCGCGCGCGCGCAAGUUUGUACGGGUGUGUUUAUGACUGUGGUCGGGCUCAUGUAUGCAAGUUUUCAUCAAUCAACAAUGUUGUCAAUUACUAAAUAGAGAGGGAGCAAACAAGUUAUUAAUGAACAAACAAAGAAAAGAGACUCUUUACUAUAAGCCUUCAACCGUUUGGUUAACACAAUACUCUCUUCUUCAAAGACCCACGCCAAUCACACCAGGAGACUGAAACGGACCAUUCUAAUAUAAUGUCAGUGAAUGAACAAUUCAACAAGAUGCGUCCGAGCCUAAGGACUGUGAAAGGGCUUCAACUGUGGCAGAUGGAGGUUUGACAUAUGCUUUAUGAAUAUACCGUAUCUGAUUACAAAAGCUAUCAGGCCAAGUGUUACAGAAGUCAUUUGUUUCAAAUCAAGACAAGGGUAGAAUUCUGCUUUUAAAAGCCAUUUACUGAACAAGAUACAUUUGUCGGCAAAUGAAAUAUAUGGACGCUGUACAUUUCUGUCGUCGCGAUUGUUGUUGAUGUUGUAAUUGUAAUGUCUUUGCAAAAAUGCUAUUGUUCACGCAACUAUCCAAACUCCUUUGCAUGUCAGGCAGACAAAAUCAUACACACACACACACACACACACACACACACACACACACACACACACACACACACACACACACACACACACACACACACACACACACACACACACACACACACACACACACACACACACACACACACACACACACACACACACACACACACACGAGCCCUGCACAGGCCCAAUCUCUUCUGCCAAAGGUAAGGCAGAAAUAACUUCCUCCAUUAUUACGUAAAUCCAUUAGCUACUCCUCUCUAUGUGUCACCCACUCCCUGCGCACAGCUCACUCUGCGUGCAUGUAUUUCCAUAGCAACGUCUCCACAGCCACAAAGUCAUAAACCAGCCUAUUUUUUACCAUUUGUUUUCUUAAAUCUUAUUUUAAACCUAACCCAAAAACUUAACUCUAACGUUAACCACACUACUAACCUUAAAUUAAGACCAAAAAACACAUUUUUGUUUUCAUGAAUUCUUACGAUAUAGACAAUUUUUCUUUUUUGGCUGUAUUAUCUAAGAGAAACCUUUUGCUUGGCCUGCUCUGCUCAAUUACCAGACAUUAGAGAGCAGUUAGCUGUCAGCUAGCUACUUUUUGUCAAUCUAAACAACGAACAAAACUCAAGAAACAUUAUUAUUUUCUGUGAAAGCACUUCUGACAUCAUGUCAUGAUCUUAGUAAGAUAUGACCACACCGCGCAGCAGAGCAGGUGAUCAAUGUAGUGAUACCCGUGCCCCACCUGUACCUUAGUUAUUGGCGACAAAACAGGCCCUACCCAUCCCUAACAUGAUGUGGAAUGUCAGGACCCAUCGGGCUCAGGUGGGGUAGCAGAGCUCUAACACACACCUCCAGGGAGAUGCACUUGGCUUUUCACAGGGCAGACAUCUGUGCCUGGAGACUGAUAACGACUCUAGCAGACCCUGCUCCAGUCUACUGCUUAACAUGUUAAAAGGAGAAGUUUCCUUCUUUUUUUUUCUUUUUUUUACAACCAAAUCUCUAUUUCUGAUGGAAAUGGCAGGUUAUAUGUUCCAGACACCUCUUUUUAUGAUUUCACUUGUUUUUAAUGUUGUACACAUGAAAUUGUGUCAUUCCGAACUUUUGCGGAUACAUUUCGGAAUGACACACAUUUUAUGUAUGCCACAUUUAAAGACCUGUAUCACUAUACUGAGAGUUUUGCUGUUUCUAAAAGGAUAUAAAAAAUAUUAAAAAAUUGCCUUUGUUAAUGUUUUUUGAUUCCCGGUUUUGGGUAAGUUUCUCAAAAACUGAAAGUGAAAUCACAAAAAAGUUACAGUUUGUGCGACUCGAGCCAUUUCCAGUACGCAUGUGUGCAGGCCAGGUGUGUCCAUGUAAUAUUUGAUUAAAUUUGAUUUUUUUUUUAAACUAGUGAAAUCACAAAAACAAGGUGACUGCACCCUUCUUAUAACAUGCCAUUCACAUCAAACAUCUUUUGAUUUGGUUGUACAAAAGAAAGCUUUUCUUUUAAUGUUUUUGUCAUAUCGGGAACCAAGAUGUUUUCUAUAUUUCCUUCUGGCUAACACAAACAACAUAGCUAUAUCGCGCUCUUUGGCUCCGAUUUGCUCCCUUGAUCACACCCACACACACACACACACACACACACACACACACACACACACACACACACACACACACAAACGUACACACACACACACACACACACACACACACACACACACACACACACACACACAAACGUACACACACACACACACACACACACACACACACACACACACACACACACACACACACACACACACACAAACGUACACACACACACACACACACAAACGUACACACACACAAACGUACACACACACACACACACACACAAACGUACACACACACAAACGUACACACACACAAACGUACUCACACACCUCUUUUGUGGUGGCAAAUACUCGAAGAUGGGAUAUUCACUUUUGAGUCGCUCCCCAUUUUGAAGAGUGGAAAUGUAAACAGCUUAGUUUUGGGUCCGGGACAGGACCAGGGCCACAAACACACACACACACCCUGAUCAAUUGCGGAUUGUUUUCUUGUUCCAAUUGUUGGGUUUAGUCAGUUUGCUUUGCUGGUGUAAACGUGUUGCCUCAGUUCCUGCCAUACUUUAUUUAAGACAACCGCCAGCGCUGCGCUGUGUCCAUCUACAAUAUGAGCACUUAUUAAAAAGAACUCUGUUUAACUCC